AGCGCUUGCACUUUAUUUCUAGAUAGAACUUCUAGGUGAAGAGUGCGAGGAGAGUUAUUGUUCUCAAUCAUACGAUCGCCCGAUCAUGAUGCUCCUUCAAAGUGGUUCAAUGAAUUAAACCCAAACAUGUCGUGGUCCGUGACUUUAUACCAAAGAGUCGUCGUUGUCGUUCACCCCUCGCAAGAACUCUAAUUCUUCUGCUUGCUUUCCGUCCCGUUGGUGUACUAGUCCGACGCUUCGUGGUUCGUGUUGCGUGCCUCUAUUAGUGCAGCGGUCCAGCCCGUUGGUUUUCGGCGAAAGAGAUGGAGCUGCUUCACGUGGGUCACCACAUGAGCCUGUUUGCAACCAGUUUCUUCUACGGAGGGGGCGGUGGAGGUCAAGGAGGUAUCAACAACAACUAUGAUUGGCAGCACGCUUAUUUUUCCGGUCAAGAAGACCUCGCGGUCCACGAUCUUCGCCAUGAUGCAAGUUCGACAACAUCAUCGCACAGUUCAUCCUCAUCAUCCUCUACUUCGCGAUACAACGCCAGACAACUCGCGAGCACUACCGCGGGCACCGCUGCGCCACUGCUGACGGAGGCGGACGAAAGUCUGCGGUUGCGGGUGCAAAUCCUCUUGUUCUUCACGUUUAUCUAUGCAUUGCAAAACUAUCGUACUAGUAUUGCAUUACAAAUUUUAAUUUUUUCUAGAACAAAAUAAAAUGCAGUUUGUCAUGCUAUACCAGGUAAAAAGUAUAGAUCUGUGAUACACGAUUGCAAUUAGUACGAGUGCGAUGCUUUUGCAUUAGAUAUUAUCGCUGCGGGCGUGGGCGUGUACCGCACCAAAUAUGCGUCGCUCACCGAAGCAGCCCGGGUCACGUCGACUGCGGUUGAGAAGAAUUUCAAAUUCACCUACCUUGGUGCGUACCUCCUCGCAAUGCUCGCGGACUGGCUGCAGGUACUAGUGCAUCAAACUUUCGGUUUUCAUUGUAGUUUGCGGAUCAUCUGUGAAGCUGAAUCCAGAUAAAAACAAAAAGUACUACACGCAGUUCUUGUCAUCUUCUCACACCAGCUGGAGAUGGAAUAAAGUAGAAUGCUGCACAACGAAGUUCAACUUGUUGUACAAGACAGCCACUAUCUAUUACUUUCAUUUUUUUACAUUCGUUCUUCCAUUCGCUCAUUACGGCAUAAUAAUUACCACACGACGACCUCCUCCCACUUCUAGGGCCCCUACGUCUACGCCUUGUACGCAGCCUACGGAUUUUCGCACGAGGACAACUCGCGUCUCUUCAUUUUCGGGUUCGGCAGCAGCAUGCUGUUCGGCACCUUCAUUGGCGGCUACGCGGACAAGCACGGCCGGAAAAAGUUCGCGAUCCUGUACUGCAUCGUGUACGCUCUGUCCUGCUGUACGAAACAUUUCAACUCCUUCUUCAUGCUCUCUGUAGGACGCAUAUGCAAUGUAAAUUUCCUGUACAUGUACAAAAUGCAUGACAAAUUUCGCUACCUUGCAGAGCCCAGCUUGUCAUGCUGCACUAGGAUUGGAGGCAAGUUUUGUCAUGCAGAAACCACAUUUGUACGUGUUACUGUGGAUAACGCAUCCUCGCGGGCGUGGCCACCAGUCUGCUGUAUUCCGUGUUCGAGUCGUGGGUGGUUUGUGAACACGCGCAACGGGCAUUUUCAGAUGACGUGCUUGGUAUAAUGUGUUUAAAAAUGUUGAGGAAAUCGAAGGCAGUCCACGACUUUAUUAUCCUUUCUGUAGUACCAGAAGUCCUCUUGGUGGUUUGUGAGGUGUGUCACGGAUCACGAAUACGAAAGUAGACACUACAGUACUUUGUGUGCCGUCUCGACGUUUUGGGCACGAGCUGAUGAUUAUUUUGGAUUUUUCAUAGGCGAUUCCAUCUUGUUCUCGCGUCCAUCUGCCGGAGUCGGAGAACUUACAUACUACAACCACACCUGCACAAUAGUUCCUCGCAUCGUCCCUUCAACUUUUGCUUUAAUAUCCAUUCCACAGGUGACAUUUUCUCAUUGGCGAUUUUCGGGAACAGUUGCGUGGCCAUUUCCGUUAUCAAGUGCAAAAAUGUCUAGGUCUGAUGAACGAGUGUAAACUUGUCAUGCAGAUUUUGCAUGACCCAUGAGGUCUGGAAUGCGGGACUUAGCAUGGCAGACGCUGCGAGGUCUCUGCCAUCCCUGUCCUGCAUGAGAAACUCCCUCCCAACUUGGUCGAAAGUGGACAGCUUUUGGCGCUCAUGCAACACAGAUUUUUGUAUGCUUCAGAUUUACCAUGACAAGGCACCACUUUCCAGACCCAGAUAUAUUUGCAAUUCAUAUCCGCGGGUUUUCUGGCGCAGUGGGUGUCCGACCUGAUGCCGUUCACGAAGGUGACCGAGGUCUUUUACAUUGGACAGUACACGAACCCGUUCGACUUUGCCAUCGUCAUUCUGCUUUUGUGCGCCGGCUGGGUGCACACGCAAUGGUGCGAGAACUACGGAUCCUCGAGUCUGGCGGCUACAACUUCUAGCGAGAACAAGGACCUUAUCCAAGAAAAAACUGUGUUAGUGUAGCUUUCUUUGGCUGACAGCAUCACAGAUUUGCUCUACAUGACAGAGAAAACCUGUCAUGCCUGGCUUCCAAGGAAAAACACACAUGAAAAGAGGACUUCAUGGCUGUCUGGCAUGACAGGCGUAACUCUGUUGCAUGUUCUGCAUCUACAGAGUUACACGUUGCGCAGUUUUUUUCUUCCAAAGACCUCGAAUCGGUCCCCCAGGACGACAACGCACUGACCCUGGAGGUAUGCAAUGCAAAAGUAUCGUACUCGUAGUAUUGCAUUACAAAUUAGCUCAGCAUGACAAAUGAUAUUUCUGAUGCUGAUUUAGCUUGAAGAAGAAAUCUGUCUUGCAUGACUGCGAUUAGUACGAGUACGAUACUUUUGCACAGGAUAGGAGGAACAGGGCUUGGCCGCACCCGUAUCGAAUGCAAAUGUGUCAUCUGGGUCUGGGAGAAAGCAGAGUUUGUCAACUUACUUGGCUUCUAGCAUGACGACGACUCUCAGCUCAUCUGUCCUGCAUGAUACUUUUUACCAGCAAUAAAGAGCCCCACUGUUCUUUCAUGACCAAAAUCGCACGAAGACGCGGUUUGUCAUACCGAAGCUACUUGCGCCCGUCAAUAUAAGGUUUAUUCCUUCGUCCUGAUUCUCCAUCGAUUUCGAUCUCCAGCCCCCCCGCCGGCAUCACAAGUAAGUUUCCAGACCCAAACAGCGUCAUAUUUGCUAUGCAUAACCGGGCAGCGAGAGCAACGGUGACAAGUCGGACUUCGAGAAAGCGUGGCAACUUUUGAAGGAGGAUAUUCACUGAAAAUGAACCCGCCUCCUCCAAUUUGUCAUGCAGAGCAUGCAGUAAAGUAAAGUAGACGCUUGCUAUCUAUGCAAAAAGUGGAUCGUGGGGAUGGUUAGUUUUCCGGGAAUACAGGACCGAAAAAUCCAGUCUGUUGCCCUGAUGAGCGGGUUUUUUGAGUCCAGUAUGUUCAUUUUCGUGUUCCUCUGGACGCCGGCUAUUUUGAAGGCGGACAACGGUGACAUACAAACCCCGCCGUUUGGCCUGAUGUAUCAAACAAAAAAGUGUUAACGUUAACGGUUUUGCUGGAUUGCAAGUAUGCAUGACAAAUUUUGCCUAGCGCUAGCAUGCAUGCUACGCAUGACAAAUUCGGUUACUUAACGUAGUUAACACUUUUUCCUGUGAUAUGACCUUCGCGGUGUUCAUGCUGGGAUGCAUGACGGGCUAUCAAAGUGAAAAAAGCCCCCACCCCAUAGCAAAAUGGAAAUUUGUGCCGGUGAUUUGUAGACACAAAUCACGUUGUAAUGCUAGAAGGGAAGAGAUGCGGACUGUAGUGCUGGCUGGCGCAGGAACGCCUUGCGUCUUCAGCAUGACAGAAAGGAACUGGAAACGGGAAACAGCAUAAGAAACUGCCUCCAAGCGAAGGAACAACUGCGUCUCUUGGUCUUCUAGCAAUACAAGUCGAUUUUUGUACUCAAAUACAGCAACACAAAUUCCGUUUUCGAUAUGGGGAGGGGGGAUUUUUCCUCACAAUACGGGCAGCUGCUUCUUCUCGCACGUCACCACACCAACCGAAGCGGGCGGCUGGGGGUGGGACAUCCACCGGUGCGCUUUCUUUCUCUUCGCCGGGUCCGCCGCAAGCCACGCGAUCGUGGUGUUUUCGCAGAGCUCCUUCGCCAUUCUGUCCGCGUUUGUCCUGUUUGAGGUGUGCGUCGGGAUGUACUUUCCCAGCAUGGGCCUGCUCAAGUCCAAGGUCGUGCCGGAAUCGUGCCGGUCAACGGUAUAAUUUCAGUGUCAGUUGUUUCUGUAUAAGCUUAGUCAAGUAGCAAUUGAAAUUGCACAUGCAUGUACAGAGGUGACCACGAAUUUUUGAUAGUUGAAGAAGUUGUGAGAAGUGCCGUUUAGGUACUGAUAACCUGUUCUCGGGCGCAGCUGCAGCUGCAGCGACAGGUGGAUCCGUCGGUGGUAGGAGCUGGAACUCCGUGGCGAGAAGUGUGUCUCGUCCUCGAGCCAGCUGAUCUCAAAGCGACACUAGUCAAUACAGGUUGAUUGUGCUAGAAUGAAAUUAAAAUUUUGAAAUUUCGUCGAUUUCGCUGAUCGUUAAAAAUAAAAUUUUGAAAAUUCGCGGAUUUCACUGAUCGUUAAAAAUAAAAUUUUGAAAAUUCGCGGAUUUCACUGAUCGUUAAAAAUAAAAUUUUGAAAAUUCGCGGAUUUGUCGUCUCCGACGCCGAUGCUUUUUACCUUCAAGAUUUGAAUUUCUUUUGAUCGCCAUACAAUUUCCACCCUCAAUGAAAAUAAAAUUUUAAAAUUUCGCGGAUUUGCUCUCUCUUUUAUGUUCCGUGUGUGUUGGUCAUUGCCUUACGUGCCAUGAGUGAGCACACAUAUGGGUCCUCUAGGCGCUCAUGUAGACAUUUGGUUGUGCUAUAGUUUUUCUACGUCAAUAAAAAUAAAAUUUUAAAAUUUCGCGGAUUUGUCCUUCUCCGAGAGCUCUAUUCAUUCCGUCCUCAUGGUAAGGAGAAGUGGUUUUUUAGGCUUCUCCGUUGCGCCGGCCGGCCCCCUCGUCGUCGGCGCCGGGUCGACCCAAUUGGGUGGUGGAAACGCAUGUUGUUGUUAGAGCGUCGCGUCGUGUGCUGCAGUACGUAGGUCAAUGCAAAAGGCCGGCGCCAACGAAAAUAGAACACGUCGUGUAACCGGACUAUUUAAGUACAUCUAAAUUGGUGCUACAAUAGAACUGCGUUUUAGUGUAUUAGCAGGUGUACUACAGCAUGCUAUUAUAACCCAUGAUUCGAACAACAGUUGUACAACUUUUUCCGCGUGCCGCUGAACUUCAUCGUUUGUUGCGUGUUGUUGUCGAACGUGCCGGUCAAAUUGGGCUUCAUUUUCACGACCGCAUUGUUGUUCUGCUGCAUCUACCUCCUCUACCGCAUGGGUGAUGUGGAAGGAAUUACCAGCGCGGGCUCGCCUCUGGAAGCGGGGGAAGCGACGCAAAAGGAGCAGAUUAUCGGGAAUGCCGACCUGGAAGAGGGAAAUCCGAUUGCGGGAGGGUAUAUGCACUGCAAAAGUAUCGUACUCGUAGUAUUGCAUUACAAAUUAGCUCAGCAUGACAAAUGGAAUUUCUCAUGCUGAUUUAGCUUGAAGAAGAAAUCUGUCUUGCAUGACUGCGAUUAGUACGAGGAGUGCGAUACUUUUGCACAGGAUAGGGUAGGCGAAAAAAUGGUCGUGCGCGGUCAGUAGUAGUACACUUCUCAUUUUGCGCAGAGUCUGUCUUCAGCUUCACCGGCAGAUGUAGUAGAGUAUUGUUGGCGGGCGGGUACAAUAAGUAAAAACGGAAACUGUAUAUGCAAAUAAUAGCAAACGCUAACAACGCUAACGAAGGAAGGUAAAAAAGCGAAGCACUUUUUUCUUUUCCCGCACGAGAAUGCCAAUUUCCCAAUGUUGAAAGAAUCGACGCAGUGGUUACAACACUGACUGUGCUGCCGAAAAAGCUCCGAUCGAUUGAUACUUCUGCUAGCCUCGACAAACAACAAGCACUUUUUCUAUGUACACGUUGAACACAUAAUAAUAUUAGCUUCGGCAUCGGCUCCACUGCCACUACCACUGAAAACUCUUUCUUGAGGAGCAUGAUGCUGGGUAUCGUAUUGACUCAAUUGGAAUUACUCAUUUUGUUGAGCCGCGCCUUGAACUGACCGGCGAGAACCGGAACGCUGCGCGGCAGCUGCGCUCCAUCUCACGUUGACGACUACGCAGAAUAAAAUCCAUCAGCAUCAGGCGUGCUGGUCAACCAAAAAGCUCUACUAACUUACGAACGCGAGCUGACAUGUACGUUUUUCAUUGACUAGUGGCAUGGUCUUUGUUCUAGAACGACUUGGUGUUCAUCAGCACGUAUUUUGCUCAUGCAGCCGUGUAACUGUAGUACACAGUGAACGAAUAAAAAACGACCACGACGAUGAAGUCCACGACCGUAACAAGGCUACUUUCCCCGUUAGCAAAUUGAGACGAGCAGCGGGUAGUGAUACGGAUGUCUCAAACUAAGGUGGACGAGAGCA